GAGCAUUGUUUCAAAUUCUUUCUACCUAUGUUUCGCACCAAAAAGAUUGCACUCGAGUUUUGGAAUGAAUGGAGUCCGCUUCUUCAGGAUUCUCAUUCGGAGUUGCCACCGGAUCUCUUUGCCGGCACUUGGGCAUAGAGCGGUCAAAGUAUAUUGCCUAUGCUGCUACUAAUUAUGAUGGAUUGAUGAUUUAUCAGGAAAUUGACGGCCAAUAACAUCCAUCUAAUAACAGCGAGCUUACCUGCAAACAGCUGUUGCCAUAAGGAUGGCAGCUUCCAAGCCAUAGAUCUUAUGAUGAUUUACUGGUUCACACCUGCUACAAUCCUUCCCCAUGCGUUUUCGGCCAUAAACUCCACCAAAACAUCGACUUCACGUGCAUUUACGCACAUAAAGGGGCUCCCGGUCUAGGUGAAGCAAUAAUAGAAACCGCGCGGUAUGGGUGAUAAUAGGUAUGGUUUAGACCCUGAUCUUCUCACGGUGGGUCUUCAUAGAGAAUUAAGGGUAUUUGCGGUUUUCACAGUACUAGGUAGGUGAAUCUGCUAGUUCAAUCGCAAAAUUAUGGUCCCAAAGGGAUCCUUUUAAUACAAAUAUUCAUUCAUGUCCCUCUACCACAAAUAAUUUUGGUUAACAACCAACUCAUCUACAACAUCAUGGAUCUCCAAGCCAUGGAUCCUAACUUAACUCAACCCGAUCGAAGGGUGCUUGAGUUGUUACUAAAAGAUGUGCAAAAAAGUUACAAAGCCAGUCCGUCGGACACUUCUGCAAGUCAAGAAAGCCAAUCUCAAAUCGACGAGCAAAUUUCGAUUUUAGAAGCACUCAACGAUGAGAAUAACGAGAAAUUCCAACCUACAGUAUUCACAAGUUGGGAUCAAGAAGAUCUUGAACGUCUCCCCCGUCCUUUAUACCAAUAUAUACUUCAGCCAUACGUACAAUGGGCGAAAGGAGUAGUACGUCGGCCAACAGACGUUGUCUUCCUCACACAUAUCAUCCUUUACCUCGCCACGUCGGUCCCGAGCGCUAUAAUUUUAUACAACAGAUUCUCAUUGAUACAUGGAUUCUGCCAUUGGAUCAUGCAGGCUCUUUACUGCGGACCUUUCACCCUUAUGCUUCACAACCACAUUCAUAACAACGGUGUUUUGGUGAAGAAAUACGCAUGGCUCGACCAAACGUUUCCAUAUCUCCUUGAGCCCCUCAUGGGACACACACUACAUUCUUAUUACUACCACCAUAUCAAAUGUCAUCAUGUUGAGGGUAAUGGGCCAGAUGAUCUUUCUUCGACUCUGCGGUAUCAGCGGGACGAUAUAAUUGAUUUUUUGAAGUACUGGGGUCGCUUCAUGUUCUUUAUCUGGCUUGAGCUUCCAUUGUACUUUUUCCGAACUAAAAAAACGAAGUUAGCAUGCGAGGUGCUGUUCUGGGAGGUUGGCUCAUACGUGGGCAUGUAUGUGAUGGCUAAAUUGAACUUCUGGCCAACCCUCUUUGUCUUGUUAAUACCAUUCAUGCAAAUGAGAAUUGGAUUAAUGGUAGGGAACUGGGGACAGCAUGCAUUGGUCGAUGAAAUCGAUCCCGAUUCGGAUUAUAGAUCUUCCAUUGUUCUGAUUGAUGUGGCGAGCAACCGAAACUGCUUCAACGACGGUUGGCAUACGGCCCAUCAUCUCAAUCCACUUCGACAUUGGCGCGAUCAGCCACUUAGUUAUCUGAAAGGAAAACAAAAUUACGAUUCUGGCAAAGCUCUCGUCUUCCAAAAUAUCGAUUACAUUAUGAUGUUCAUCAAACUGAUGCAGAAAGAUUAUGAACAUCUUGCUGGAUGUCUCGUUCCGACAGGGGAAAAUAUCGGGAAAAGCAAGGAGGAGCUGGCAGCUAUGCUGAGGACGAAGACCCGCAAGUUUACAGAGGAGGAUAUUCAAAAGAAAUUCAGAAGUAAAAAGGCUUCUUAGAGUCUCGUAGGAAAAAAGGGCCUAUUAUCCAAGAACACUAUAGGCCACAGGGCGAUUAUCUGUGCCGGUGGCCAAGCUGGCAACUCCUGGGAAAUUCAUUGUCUCUUGAAAUCCACGGCCAAGGUCAGGUGCAGGAUGAAAUGGAAUGGAAAAUUCGCCUUAACCGUUCUUGAUCCGCUGUCUUUUCAAGGCACGCCGAUGCUUUCAUAUACGUACAGAUCAAGCAUCAACGAUUUAUGAAGCUACAACAUCAUGAUGAAACAGGCUUACAUCCAUUGCCAAAGUUGGCCAUUCCGAUACAACAUCUAGCACCAACGCGGAUUGUCUCAAAUAUCCUGAACAUACCUCAAGUACAUACAUACAUGUGGAUUGUAUGGAACAUAUCAGAGGGGGAGGGUAAAUUGUAGAUUGGCUAGCAUGGUGUAACAAUAUAAUGUUGAAUUCAUUUUACUUUUCACUCCUUUUUUCUGGCUCGAUGCGUUAGCAAAUGCACGUUGACUCCAGUGUCUCA